AUGAACUCCAAUUCUCCAAAAUUAAUAAAUCAAAAUAGCUAAUCUGAUAAUGAAAUUGAUUCACAUGAGAAUAAACAUAUAAAAUAAGACUGUGUAUAGAUUUAAGCUAAGUAUUUCUAUAACAUAUUUAUAAAGAUCAAAAAAAAUACAAAAGAGAUAACAAGAAUAAAUUAGAGCUAAAUAAAUCUAAAUUGAUUAGAUUUCUCAAUUUAAAUUUGAUAGUUCAUUAUAAUAUUAGAUGAAUUUAAGAGAAUAGACCAUUUAUGAUUUUGAUUUUCUAAAAAUAGAUAAAGAUCUAUUGUCUAAUUAAAAUUAAAUUAUAGUAUAUAUAAUUAAUUAUUCUAGAUUGAAGAUAAGAAAUCUAAAAAAAAGUUUCUUAUAAAACCAAUUCAAAGUGAAAGUGACAUAAUUCAAGUAAAUAAUUAAAAUAAAUAUUUAGAAAUUAUUUUAAUUAAAUUCUUAAUUUAUAUUAACACCUGAAAAUAUUUUCAGUUAUCAAGUCCAAACAUAGAAAAUUGAUUAUCUUGCAAAGGAAAUAAGUAUUUGAUUUAAGUUGAAUCAAGAAAUAAUUCAUUUAAAGUUUCAACUUCUUUUGUUUUAAUAUUGUAGUAAAUCGAUUCUACAUUUUACUCAUGAAUUGUCAAAUGCAAAAAUUAAAAUGAUUAUAAGUGAUCUUUUAUAAGGAUUGAUAUCAGCAAAAGAGAAUUAACUAGUUUUAAAUGAAAUAACAUUAGAUUCUAUAUUGUAUUGUGAAGUAAAUAGAAAUUUCAAAAUUAAAGAUUAUACGAAUGCAACAAUUGGUGACAAUCAAAGUAAUGUAAAAGAAUUAGGAAUAUGUUUGGCUUAACUAAUUUAAUAAAAGAAUUCUAAAAAAAAAUUAACAAAAUUAUAAAUCAAUUUAAAUGAAUGGAAAACAAAUAAUAAAGAUGAUCCAUUUGCAAGUAUUACUUUACAAAUGAUUAUGAAUGAAAAAUCACUUGAUGAAAUUAAUAAUUAAUUAUAAUAGAUAGAUUGCUGA